CAGAGGUGCCGGGCGGGCGCGGGGCGCAGGCAGGAAGCCGGGAGGGGCGGCGGGCGGGGGCCUCCGGAAAAACGCCCCAACUUCCUGCCCCGCCGGAGCCAGGAAGCGGGAGCCUGGACGCAGGGCCCGGGAUCGCCAAGCCCGACCUCGGGGGCCCCGCCGGUCGCCUCCCCGCGCGGACACCAGGUACACGGGCCCCGGCCCCGCCCGGCCUCCUCCCCUCGGCUGCCAGGAGAAGUGGGGAGGAGUAGGGAGGGGACCGGGGCGCUGCCGGCGGCCGAGGGGCCUCCUCGGGGACACACUGAGCCAGCGGCCUCCUCUCUUGGGACCUCAGUUUUCCCAUCUGUCAAAGGGGUCAAAGAAAGAUCUAACAUUUGCCUAGUGUCCAUCCAGUAGGUGGGAAUGGACGAUCCGAGGUCGGAGUCAAGCGCCCAACUGCUCAAUAGAAGACCGAUGAUCACACCCAUUUAGAGGUGGGGAAACUGAGGCCCGGGGAACCGAACUGGCUCGUCCCAGGGACACACUUUGUGAAUCAGUGUUCAGUUGGGAAAUGAACUCGAAGGUGGCUCCUGCUAAGCGCUGUCCUCCAACCCUGCAUGCGUUGGGGCCACCUAAAAAAGAAAAACAAACAACAAUAACACCGUGGGGCCCUGUGAGGCUGAGUGUUGCAGAGCGCGUUUGAAAGCAUUUUCCGAAAGCUCUUUUCUGGGUCAUUAAUUAUGCCCUGGGAGAUGGUGUAGAGGAGAAAGCUGGAAAUCUUUCCGCCUUGUACAGAUGGGAAGACUGAGGCCUGGAAAGAGGUCAUUGCUUUUUGCAGGUCACUCUGAUGUCAUAGGGAAAGGUACGCUCAAGGGCAAGAGUUUUGCUUUUCCAGUUCCAGCGGAAAGUAUUGGCAGGAUGGCAGAGGGAACUGAUUGAUGCGAGAGUUGGGAAUUCAACUGGAUGACGAGGUGGGGAGGCAAGAAGGCGGGGAGCCCCAGUGCGAGGACCUGGGACUUCGGUUCGACUCGGAGACCUGAGCUCGAGCUCCAGCUAGGAGUUGGAACGGUCCGCAGCUCCGGCGUGAGGGGGGUGGAAGGUGGGCGGGGCCUGGGAGAGUGACAGGGGCAGUAGAGAUACGGAAACGCCAGACCUCCAAGACAGGCCAGAGCGGCCCUAGCUGGCCAGCGUGGCGCGGUGGAGAGCUAGAGCGUCCGGCGGAGGAGUAGAGUUGCCGGGGCCGGACCCGGGCUGGCGGCGGGCUAGAGCGGCCGUCGGGAGAAGUGGAGCUGGGCGCAAAGGUGGCUUCUGGGGCGGCUAGAGCGACUCGGCGGCGCGGGUGGGGGAGUCCGGAGCCCGCGCGCGGAGGCUUUGGUUCCGGCGGCUGUAGUGACUUCUCUUCCCGUCCGAGCAGAGCCCUGGAGAUGGAAGACAUUGCCCGAGGGGCGGCCCCAGGGCCCCCCCGGCCUGGCCUGGUGCCCAUCAGCAUCAUUGGGGCUGAGGAUGAGGACUUUGAGAACGAGCUGGAGACAAACUCAGAGGAGCAAAGCAGCCAGUUCCAGAGCCUAGAGCAGGUGAAGCGGCGUCCUGCCCACCUCAUGGCCCUCUUGCAACACGUGGCACUGCAGUUUGAGCCGGGACCCCUGCUCUGCUGCCUGCAUGCUGAUAUGUUGGGCUCACUGGGCCCCAAAGAGGCCAAGAAGGCCUUUCUCGACUUCUACCACAGCUUCCUGGAGAAGACCGCGGUCUUGCGGGUGCCAGUCCCUCCCAAUGUCGCCUUUGAACUUGACCGUACGAGACCCGACCUCAUCUCUGAGGAUGUCCAGCGACGCUUUGUGCAGGAGGUGGUGCAAAGUCAGCAGGCCGCAGUGGGGCGGCAGCUGGAGGACUUCCGCUCCAAGCGGCUCAUGGGCAUGACGCCCUGGGAACAGGAACUGGCCCAGCUGGAGCCCUGGAUUGGGCGGGACCGAGCCAGCUACGAGGCCCGGGAGCGGCAUGUGGCUGAGAGGUUGCUGGCUCACCUGGAGGAGAUGCAACAUACCAUCUCUACGGAUGAAGAAAAGAGUGCUGCUGUGGUCACCGCCAUUAGUCUAUACAUGCGCCACCUUGGGGUGCGGACCAAGAGUGGGGAUAAGAAGUCAGGGCGGAACUUCUUCCGGAAAAAGGUGAUGGGGAAUCGGCGGUCAGAUGAGCCCCCCAAGACCAAGAAAGGAUUGAGCAGCAUCCUAGACGCUGCUCGAUGGAACCGGGCAGAGCCCCCAGCUCCAGAUUUUCGACACCUCAAAAGCGAGGUUGAUGGGGAGAAGCCAGGUCCUACAGACCGGAAGGGAAGCCUAGGUGUGCCUUUUCGGGACAGGAAUGUUGGGGCUCCUGGGCAGGACAACCCAGGUGUCUCUCUGCACCCUCUUUCUGGGGACAGCCCAGACCGAGAACCAGGUGUUGACACCCCCCUGGAGCUGGGGGACAUUCCCCCGCAGGGUCCUGCAAACCUGGAGCCUCCGGUACCCUCAGAGAGCACAGAGGAGGGUGCUGAGACAGAGAGAAGGUGGAAGAGGCUAUCAGGGCGUCUGGGGCGCUCAGAGAGCCUGCGGGUGAGUGACCGCCGCCGGCCUUCCCGGGGCAGCCUCGGGGCUAAGGGCCGGGGUGGGGGCCGCUCCCGGAGCGACGUGGACAUGGACCCCAGCUCCGCUACGGCCGUGCUUGGCCCUGCCCGACGAGCCACCCCUGAGCCUGGAGACGACGGGGAGUCAGGACGGCUGGGACUAGAGCUGGAACCAGAAGAGCCUCCUGGCUGGCGGGAACUUGUCCCCCCAGACACGCUGCUCAACUUACCCAAGAGCCAAGUGAAGCGUCAGGAAGUCAUCAGUGAGCUGCUGGUGACAGAGGCAGCCCACGUACGAAUGCUGCGUGUGCUGCACGACCUCUUCUACCAGCCCAUGGCUGAAGGGGGCUUCUUCCCGUUGGAGGAGCUGCAGAACAUCUUCCCCAGCCUCGAUGAGCUCAUCGAGGUUCACUCCUUGUUCCUUGAUCGCCUGAUGAAGCGGAGACAAGAGAGUGGCUACCUCAUCGAGGAGAUCGGAGAUGUGCUGCUGGCCCGGUUUGAUGGUACCGAGGGCUCGUGGUUCCAGAAAAUCUCCUCCCGCUUCUGCAGCCGCCAGUCAUUUGCCUUAGAGCAGCUCAAAGCCAAACAGCGCAAGGAGCCUCGAUUCUGUGCUUUUGUGCAGGAUGCUGAGAGCCGCCCCCGGUGCCGCCGCCUACAGCUAAAGGACAUGAUUCCCACGGAGAUGCAGCGUCUCACCAAGUACCCCCUCUUGCUGCAGAGCAUUGGGCAGAACACAGAAGAGCCCGUGGAACGGGAGAAAGUGGAGCUGGCAGCCGAGUGCUGUCGGGAGAUUCUUCACCACGUCAACCAAGCUGUUCGUGACAUGGAGGACCUGCUGAGGCUCAAGGAUUACCAGCGGCGCCUGGACUUGUCCCACCUGCGGCAGAGCAGUGACCCCAUGCUCAGCGAGUUCAAGAACCUGGACAUCACCAAGAAGAAGUUAGUGCAUGAGGGCCCGCUGACAUGGCGGGUGACCAAAGACAAGGCUGUGGAGGUCCACGUGCUCUUGCUGGACGACCUUCUGCUGCUGCUCCAGCGCCAGGACGAGCGGCUGCUGCUCAAGUCACACAGUCGGACGCUGACGCCCACGCCUGAUGGCAAGACCAUGUUGCGGCCCGUGCUGCGGCUCACCUCUGCCAUGACCCGCGAAGUGGCCACUGAUCACAAAGCCUUCUACGUUAUUUUUACCUGGGAUCAGGAGGCCCAGAUAUAUGAGCUGGUGGCACAGUCUGUGUCUGAGCGCAAGAAUUGGUGUACCCUCAUCACUGAGACUGCCGGAUCCCUGAAGGUCCCAGCCCCUGCCUCCCGCCCCAAACCCCGGCCCAGCCCAAGCAGGUGAGGGGGUCAGGGUGGGAGCUGGAGAACCAAGGCAGCUGGGACAGGGACGGCAUCCCUGCACAUCCACAGAACCCAGCAGGCCCAGCCCCGUCUCAGUGUGCACAUGUGUGUACAAGCAUGUGUGUGUGUGUGUGUGUGUGUGUGUGUACAUGUGUGCCAACUCUACAGUCUCCUAUCUCCAGGCCUCUGUCCCCUGGCCUCAACAUCUGUCUCUUUCUCUGACCUCCCCACUUCCAGCUGUCUCCCUGCCCCUGAUGUGCCUCCUGCCCCUGGGCCAGGGGUUUGGGGUCACCCAGAACUUUCUUCCUCCAGUACCCGAACCCCUGCUCAGCAGCUCUGAGAAUGGCAAUGGUGGCCGAGAGGUGCCUCACACUGAUGACCCGGCCCCGAGGGCCAGCUCGCUGCCACAGCUCUUCGGAAAGUACUGUCCCUGAAGCAGCUCCUGUUGCCAGCGGAGGAAGACAGUGGGGCGGGGCCUCCCGGCGAUGGGGAUG